UAAAUACCCAUUCAACCCGCUCAUUUUCCUCUGUUGAGUAGUGGCUAAGGAACUUGAGUCCUGACUGGUUCGUUCUUCUUCUUCGUCGUCAUCAUCUCCUCCAGGAAGAAGUCCAUUCGCUGAGAAAUUUCACCUUUCUCCAAUAUUGCUCGAGAUGUGUCCUCCAGUUGUCGCCCCUUCUCUGGCCGAUAUGAAUGAAUGCCGCACGUAUGAGGAGCUCUUCGUGUUCAUGUUUUGCAUGGCUGAGGGAUACUUUGUUCCAGCAAAUGUGAUAACAGAUGUGAACCCUUUCAACUGUCUGCCUGAAACUUUGCUAGAAAACAUAUGGUAUUUCAUGAACUCAAUGGAGAACAAAGGGGUAGAAGGCGGAUUAUGGGAUCCUAGUGGAGAACCCCGUGAGGUAUUUGGGGAUGCUUCCAUCAAUGGUUGGCAAGAAACUUAUCAAUUCUAUGAAGGACAAGGCUCGGAUGUUAAGAAAACUGAUUGGUUGAUGCUGGAGUACUAUAUGACUCCGAAGGCGUCAAGUGAAGCUGCUUCGGCAAAGUUUGGGUUGAAUUUUGUGCAGGAUGCUAAGUCGCUUUGCAAAGUCUUCCGCGGUAGCAGCUCGCCACUAUCUGGCAGUGAGAUGCUGCAAAAUCAGAUGCAGGUUGACACCACUUCCCUCGAUAUUAUGCGACGCACAUCCAGUUUUAUCCUUCCUAGUCAUCCUGUUGAAAAUCUGCCUGAGUUGGAUGAGUUUGAUCCGCGUGACUACAUAGAAUUGCUGGACCUUGGCAUCCCACAAUCGCCUUCUUCCAGUUCAGAUAAUUCAAGCUGCAUGACCAUGUUGUCAGAUGAAUGCUUUGAUUUUCUGGACGCAUUGGUGGAUUUAGAAGCUGAAAGUGGAGAUCAUGAAGAGCGUAAGGAUGCUGGUUGCGACCUUGUUGCCCAAGCAGCAAUUUCAGGAUUGCCGCUUGAAGAGAGACCUUCAGAGAAUACCAGAGAUGGCAAAGCCGUCAACAAGGACAGCAGUCCACCAUUGACUCUGGAUUCUCGGAGCAGCGAACUGUCCAACAUUAGCCUGGCACCGUCUGCUGAUGGAAGAAACAAGACAGAUGGAAGGUUGAAGAAGCUUAAGAGGAAGUACCUCCCGGCAUCGAGUUCCCAGAGCAGCGAUGGGUCAAACAGCAGCCGAGCGCCUUCUCCUGGUCCUGGUGGAAGAGCGAAGACCAAUGGAACAUUGAAGAAGCUCCAGAAGAAGUGCCUGUGCUUCAUGCCAUUCUAGUUCAUCCCUUGCAGUAGUCACAGUCAAAGCAGAUAGGAAUGCAGUCAAAAGGCCAAAAGUUUUGAUGAAUUAGGCCGGCAAUCCUGCCGCCGGUGCUGAUCUUGGUCUCUUGAUACAUUCUAUCUGUUGUAGGGGUGGAUUCUUGUACAUAUUUAUGGUAUUAGCAGAAUAAUCGCAGGUACAUUGAGUUGGCAUCUACCACCUGAGACCCAUUUCGGACAUAUAUAUUUAUUCAAUGGCGGAGACAGAUCUGUUUUUUCAAAGCUU